AUGUCUCAAAAACCACUCGUAACACUGGUGUUUAUCACGCUCAUUACUGGUGCUUUCUUGCUAUUUCGAUCAUAUCGUUCGAUCGAUGAUUCCCCUUCGUCUAUUGUACAAUCGAAUAAACCGGUCCAUGUCGAUUUUUAUGUCAUGUCCAAAUGUCCGGAUGCUCAACUUUGUGAAACAAAAUUUGCUGAUACAUUAAUUAAAUUAUCAUCGAUCAUUAAUUUUACCGUUAAUUUUAUUGCUAAAGAGCCAACACCCAAUGUAUUUAAUUGUAUGCAUGGUGAUUCUGAAUGUACAGGUAAUAAACAACAGUUAUGUGUACAAAAUCUCACAAGUCAAAUAGUUUUACUUCAAUUUUUACGAUGUCAAUCACAGACAAUGAAAUCCAUACCAGAUAAUGCUGAAAAAUGUUUGCCAGCUACAAAUUUAAAAUAUGAUGAUGUAAAAAAAUGUGUCGAUGAACGAGGAAAUUUAUUGUUUCAUAAUUCAAUUCAACAAACACAAACAGAUAACGUAAAAAAGUCUUGUACAAUGUAUUUGAAUAAGAAAUUUUGGUGUAAACAUGACGGAGGAUGGGAAAAUUGUACUGAAGGAAAUGAUGAGGCAAGUUUAAUUCAUGCGAUUUGUCAGCGUUAUACGGGUGAAAAAAAACCAAAAGAAUGUACAGUGUAA